AUGGAGUCAAAAGGAGUUCAAAUCCUCGGAAUUUGGGGCAUGAGUGGUAUCGGUAAAACAGCCAUUGCACGAGUUGCAUUUGAGAAAUUCUCUUCCCGCUAUGAAGGCUCUUACUUUUUAGACAAUGUGAGAGAAGAAUCACAAAAGCAUGGGCUGAAAUCUUUAAGAGAGAAACUUAUUUCUAAACUGCAAGAGGAAAAAUCCACUUUCAUAUGUAGAAAGCUCAUUAGACGAAGAAAAGUUUUUGUCGUGCUUGAUGAUGUGGGUUCUUCAGAACAACUACAGCAUUUGGUUACAGAUGGAAUUCAUUGGGGACCUGGUAGUAGAUUCAUUGUAACAAGCAAAGACAAGCAAGUGCUAACUGCUGGAGGAGUUCAUUCCAUACAUGAGGUCAAGGAAUUGGGCCCUAAAGAAUCUCUUAAGCUUUUCAGCUUAAAUGCCUUCAAAAAAAGCCAUCCUAAAAAGGGAUAUGAGGAACUUUCAAAAAGGGCAAUUGGUUAUGCCAAGGGCCUUCCUCUGGCUUUAAGAGUUGUGGGUUCAUCUCUUUGUUCUGGAGAUAGAGGAACAUGGGAAAGUACAUUGAGAAAACUUGAGAGGUACCCUCAUCCUCAAAUUCAAGAUGUGUUGAAAACGAGCUAUGAUGGAUUAGAUGAUGUGCUAAGGGACGACUUUUAG